ACACGCCUCUUCGGAAUGCAGUGUUGUGAUUGGACCGUUGUUCCAUUAUAACGUCGACCUGUGGCAUAACGCGCCCUCUUUCUUUCACGCGUCCCUAUCGUGAGAUAUUCACCUUGUCUUUAAACCGGCUGUUACCCGAUCCUUGGUAGCACUGCAAAGAUGCCCAGGGAAGACAGGGCCACGUGGAAGUCCAACUACUUCUUGAAAAUCAUUCAACUGCUGAAUGACUACCCGAAGUGCUUCAUCGUUGGCGCAGACAAUGUCGGCUCCAAGCAGAUGCAGACCAUUCGUCUGUCCCUGCGGGGCAAGGCAGUCGUGCUCAUGGGCAAGAACACGAUGAUGCGGAAGGCUAUUCGUGGACACCUGGAGAACAACCCGGCUCUUGAGAAGCUGCUCCCCCACAUCCGUGGAAAUGUUGGCUUUGUCUUCACCAAGGAGGACCUGACUGAGAUCAGGGACCUGCUACUAGCCAAUAAGGUGCCAGCUGCUGCCCGUGCUGGUGCCAUCGCCCCCUGUGAGGUGACUGUGCCCGCUCAGAACACCGGUCUGGGUCCUGAGAAGACUUCGUUCUUCCAGGCUCUUGGCAUCACCACCAAGAUCUCCAGAGGAACCAUUGAAAUCUUGAGUGAUGUACAGCUGAUUAAACCUGGAGACAAGGUGGGGGCCAGUGAGGCUACCCUGCUCAACAUGCUGAACAUCUCGCCCUUUUCCUAUGGCCUGCUCAUCCAGCAGGUCUACGACAACGGCAGUGUCUACAGCCCUGAGGUGCUGGACAUCACAGAGGAUGCCCUGCAUAAGAGAUUCCUGGAGGGGGUAAGGAACAUUGCCAGUGUCUGCCUCCAGAUUGGCUAUCCCACUCUGGCCUCCAUCCCCCAUUCCAUCAUCAACGGAUACAAGAGGGUGCUGGCCAUUGCCGUGGAGACAGACUACUCCUUCCCCUUGGCUGAUGAGGUGAAGGCCUUCCUGGCUGACCCCUCUGCCUUCGCUGCAGCUGUGGCACCUGCUGCAACCGUUGCUGCGGAGGCUGCCGCAGCUCCUGCUGCAGCUGCUGAGCCAGCCAAGGAGGAGUCUGAGGAGUCGGAUGAAGACAUGGGAUUUGGCCUCUUCGACUAAGUGGUGGAGAGAAGCGUCUUAAUUGCAGAAAAACUAACCUGUUGACCUCAAUAAAGAUCUGAGAACCCA